ACAAAGAGCCCAAAAUGUAAAACCUCCUUUGCACCGUGGUUUCUCCCUUCUCACUCUCGCAUCUGCUAUAACGCCGCUCUCUCUCUCUCUCUCUCUCUCUCUCUCACGUCUCCGGCCUCUCUGUGUUGCCUUCGUCGUCGGCUUCGUCUCCCAAUCUCCCUCAUCACGUGUCGCCGCCUUCGCUCAGCCCCUGUGGCCCCGAUUCGCCCCCCCUUCUCCGUCCUUGGCGCCUGCGUCUGCAACAGGACCUAUAAAGCAGAAGAUAUAUGGGCAGACCUUUCCGAUAUGGGCAGGCCUUUCCGACGGAAGAAGAUGGUCUCGGCUCCUCCUCGUCCGGCGAUGGAGCUGGCGAGCACUACAACGGCUCCUCCUCGUCCGGUGAUGGAGCUGGUGAGCACUACAAGCAAGGCAUGUGGGAAGAAGAAGUGGGUCAGCAAGCAUCUUUGGAUGCGGAUAGAUAGCCUAGGGCAAUCAGAAGCUAUCGAGUGCGAUAAGAGCGUCAUCAUCAAGCGCUUCUCCAUUCCCGCCAGGGAUUUAGGGCUUCUGGGGCCAAUCUUCUAUCAUCCUUUCGGCAUUAUUGCUAGGGAAAAAUGUAUGAUCCUUAGUUUGGAAUUUAUAAGAGCAUUAGUCUCAGCAGAAGAAGUAAUGUUACUCGAUCCUCUUCAACAAGAGGUUCUGGUAUUUGUGGAUCAGCUAACGCGGCAUUUAUCUUCUAAGAAUCGACAACAUCCAGAAGCUUCUGAAGAUGAACUACUACUGCCUUUUGAGUUCCAGGUGUUGGAAAUAGCAUUAAAGGUUACAUACGGAUAUUUAGAAUCUAGUGUCUCUCAAGUUGAGAGGAAUGUUUACCCUGCUUUAGAUGAAGUAACCAAAAGUGUUAGCACCAAGAAUCUUGAGUAUAUGCGGACUUUCAAAAGCAAUCUCACUCGUUUGCUUGCACGGGUGCAUAAGGUGAGGGAUGAAAUCGAACAUCUUUUAGACGACAAUGGAGAUAUGGCCCAACUACACCUAACUCGGAACUGGAUACAGACUCAACAAUGGAGAUAUGCAUCAAAUGACAUUGUUCCUGCUUCACCUCAUCUCUGCCGACCCAGAAGUGGCAACAAUUAUGAGGAUGUACAGGACCUAGAAAUCUUGCUUGAAGACUACUUCAUGCUAUUUGAAAGCACCCGCAAUAAAAUUCUCUCUUUACGAGAACAUAUCGGUGACACAGAAGAUUAUGUAACUAUCCAACUUAACGGUCGACGCAACGAAAUGAUGCAGCUGAAGUUGAUAUUUCUGAUUGCCUCCUUUGCCAUUGCAGUAGAAACUGGUAUAGCUGGGAUGUAUGGCAUGAAUAUUAAAAUCAAGCUUUACGACACCAAAGGGGUAUUCUGGCAAGUUGUUGGGCUUAUGACGGUUGCGUGUCUGCUGCUAUUCUUUGUAGUUUUGGGAUACGCCCGUUGGAAGAGACUUCUUGGGUCUUAAUAACAGGUUGACAGCAACAAUUUAAUUUGGAUUGAUAAAUUUGUGUUUUGAGUUUGUACUCUUCAUGUAUGAUGAUGAUCGAUAACUCCUCU